GUGAUGGGAAUAAUGCAGGGCCGCACGAAGGACGCAACACAUACUCGUACUCCUGCCCUGGGAUUUGUUCCGCCAUUCGAGCCGAAAAAGCUCAGAAGGCGCAGCCGGAGCCGCAGACUGACUCUAGAGCACGAGCGAUUAAAAGAUGGGACAGGCUGAAGCUGUGGUGGUUUGUCGAGAUGCCCGCAGUCGACACGACACUGUUCAAUCGGGAGUCGGGAAGGCCAGGGAUAUAAAAAUUGGAUCUCGUCAGCAGUAGAAGAGAGGAAGAAAAGAGGGGGUAGAGCUAAGAGCGAAUGAAAUUGAAUGGUAUGGCGAGGAGGACUGAAGAUGCAGAAGAGACGGCAGCAAUCAAUGAUGAUAAUAAAUUUACGGACUGCUUGUGGCGGGAUCGCUCGCUGGUUGGCGCUGGCAUUGGCGUCGGCGCCUGGGCUGUCCCGGACUCGGCUCAACAUUAUUAUUCAUCUGAUAUAGUCUGGACUCUGAACCCUCCUCAUACGCCUUUUUCCAUUCUUUUAAUUUUUGGAAUGGUUGAAAUUGCUGGAAUUAUUGCUAUUGUUUAUACUAUUCUCGAGAAUAGCAUUUACUCAAAUGUCGCCAGAGAGUCGCAUUCGAUGAAUAUUGAUAUUAAUAAUAUCUCCUGUGGUUACGCCCGAGCCUCUUUAACACCGAACGGUGAUAUAUCCCUCGAAAAGUGAAAGGCCGACCCCGAGCUCCUUCAACGCCAGUGUUGCAGGUGCAAUAAUAACAAUUUGCUCGGAUUUCUGUUAGUCAAGCCAGUUGGGUUAGUCUACUACUGGGACGGCUCUGCCUAGCAGAACGACAAGAUCCGCGCAAGACCCGCGGAGCGGCCUGCGGUCCGAUUACGGAGCUGAAAAAUGCGACCAUCCGUGUUCUCAACACUUAUAUAAUUGAUAUGCAUAGUACAGUUUACCAAGUAGUGAAGUCUUCGUCUUCGUUUGAGGAGGGAAAUAGUCAUGGUCACGAAU